UUUCAAUGUUUCAAUGUUAUUAAUCUGAAUCUCUUAUCAUCAUCAUCUCUCCAUUGCCACUUUUCCCUCUGUUUGUUUCUUUCUCUCUUUCCCUAUGUAAAUAUAAUUUAUUCUAAUCAAUGGAGAAUCUACUAAAUUGUUCAUCAUUCCACCAUCAACAAUUGUCCAUGAAAAGACGAGGAUAAAAAAGAUCGUAUCAACAAUCAACCAAGAAAAUUAUUCUAAACCUUUUUAUCAACAUUCAACCAAAAGCCUCGCCCUUUGUUAAUAGACAACAACAACAUGAUGGUGAACAUUUUCCUCUCAAUUAAUUGAUUUCUCUCUCCAUUGAUUUGUGAUUCUUAAUUAUUUCAUUUAACCAUCACCCUUGUUCCUUAAUUGAUGAAAAUGAUUCCUCCAAGUGAUCAAAAUUUCCUGUUUACAGUUACAAUAUUUACCAGUUUUAUUUGCUUCUCUCAAGGAGCAUCGAAUCCCAAAAUUAAGCCAUUCAGUUUUCCAAAAAGCACAAUCGCUGGAGAAACUGUUUCGGUCACUUGUGUACUGUCCACUAUCACGGCUCAAACGGACUUUAAAUGGCUCAAAGAUGGUGUUGAUUUAGCAAUUAUCUCGCAAAGAGAUAGACGAUAUCAACUAUUACCUGCUAAAGGUGCUUCAGUUUUGUUAAUUAAUUCAGUUAAUCUAGAAGAUUAUGGUAAUUACACUUGUAUUGUUAAUACUCCCUUCGGGUCGGAUAAAUUUACUGCUCCAUUGACCAUCUACACUCCACCCAAAUGGAUACUUGAAUUGUUUGACCUCUCGAUGAAACAAGGAGAGGUUAAAAUACUUGAUUGUAUGGCAACUGGUAAUCCAAUGCCAACAAUUACCUGGUUAAUCAGUGAGUCAUCUCAAGAUGAAAAUAAUUUCGCACAAAUUAACAGUAAUUCAAUGGUGAAAGGAAUGACCAGUUUAGCCAAUGGAUCUCUGCUCAUUGAUAGUGAAAAAUUAAAUUUUAAAGACAAAUCAGCUUACCUUCAAUGCUCAGCUGAUAAUAAGAUUGGUGACCCAUUAAAGAAAACAAUUAAGCUCAAUUUAAUCGUGCCUGCUCGCUUUAUCGGUAAUAACAGUAAAUUCUUGACCCAAGAAGUGAUGAAAGGAACCAGUGCUAAUCUCCAAUGUCCAGCGAUCGGUGAUCAACCAUUAACAGUUCAAUGGUUACGAGAUAAACAACCGUUAAAUUUAAAAUACAAUAGUAAAUAUGAUUACUAUGAGACGAAAACUGGUAAAGGAUUAAACUCCGAGAUAUUAAUUCGUAUCACUAGUCGGUCAGAUGGAGGUGUUUACACUUGUACUGCCAAAAACGAUCAUGGUUCCGAUGAGAUUAACAUUAAAUUGUUAAUUCAAGAAGCACCUGAAUCACCAUCCAAUUUAAGGGUAGCCGAAUCAUGGUCAAGAAGUGCAACAAUCAUGUGGUCACAACCUUAUUCUGGUAAUUCACCAUUAACCUUUUACACUUUACUCUAUUGGAAAGGGGAAAAAGGUUCAGGAAUUAAUAAUAAAUUAAAUGAGAUACAAUUAGAUCCUGGAAAAACGUCACAUACACUCAAAGAUUUAAGUCCAGGUACAUUGUAUUAUGUUUCCGUGAUGGCGGUAAAUAGUAUCGGCUCAGGUCAACCCUCGAUCCAUAAAUUCACCACAAGUGAAGAACUUCCAAGUGCUUCUCCAGUUGAUGUCAGUGUAAAACCUUUGGGAUCAAGUGUAAUCCAAGUCUCGUGGAAGGCUCCUCCACGGCAACAUUGGAAUGGUAAUUUAACCGGUUAUUAUAUUCACUAUAAACCAUCAGGAAAUAAUCAAGAUUAUAUCAAAACGGUAUCAGCUAAUUAUCCCAAUGAUUUAGGAAAUGGUUACCAAUUUAGUUUAACGGGUCUACUAAGGUCAACCUAUUAUACGAUCUCGGUGAAAGUUUUUAAUACCAUUGGUCAAGGACCUUCAUCUCAGGAGUUAAUUGUUUCGACUCUUGAAGGUGAUGCUCCAAGUUUACCACGAAUUAAAUCUCAUCAUAUUUACUCAAAUUCAAUUAAAUUAACUUGGGAUCCAUUGAUUGAUGAAAUAUCAAUUUAUACAAUUUAUCUUAAACGAAAGGGAAACUCUUAUUAUGACAAUAUAAUUCCAAUAAGUCAUUUUCGGACAAUUUAUACUCUACAUGGGUUAGAGAAAAAUGUGGACUAUGUAAUCGCAAUUUCAGCGACCAAUUUAUACGGAGAAAGUGAAUUAAGUAAACCAUUAGAGAUUCGAAUUUCAUCAAGUCCAUUUGGUUUAUCAUUCCUAUUCUCUCAGCGUAAUUUAGUGUUGUUAAUUGUUUUCUCAAUUUGUUUAUUGGCCGUUAUAAUAUCCAUCAUUGCUUCCGUUAUCUAUGUAAAGAAAUAUAAGAAAAGUCAACAAGAGGCUAUAAGACGACUUUCCAAUUUAUCAACAAUGACAAAGAAUACUCCAAAAUAUAGUGAUAAAUGUGGUACAACUCGAUCAACGGCAACUUAUGCAACUAUCGGUCCACCAACUGGACAUGUCACCAUACGAUCAGCUGGAUCAAAUUCACAAUCAUCAUCAGGAGGAUAUGAAAGGAACAUUUCUGAUUUAGAAGAUUCAAGAAAUUAUCAAAGUUCUGGUCGACAUGCAAGAAAAAUGUCCCGACAUUCAAUUGGAUCCAUGAAAGAGAAAAAUUUCGAAGAGCUUAUAUACGAUGAUGCACCGAUUGGUUAAUUCACUUCAACUGGUUAAUAAGAUGAUCAACAAUUUUCCUUUUCUUCUUUUUCCAUGAAGUGUUUUGAUUUAAAUUUUCACCUCCAUUCUCUCAUUGGCUCAAUUAAACCAGAACUUUUUUUCUCUCUCUCGGGAAACUCUCCAAUGUCCAGGUUGUAAUCGUUUGGUUUACCAUAAAGAAGAGAAAGAGAUUUUCUUUCAACGGUCACCAUCAUGUUUGUAAGACUUUUAUGUUAUCAAUAAUUAGGUGUUAGAACUGAAAAGUGUCUGCUCAAUAAUUGUGGAGAUUGUUUAACCACUGGAAUAAAAUUCACGAUUCAAUUUCUUGAAUAAAAACACCAUAACAAUGGGAUUAUAUUA